UCCAAAGGUGGGGACACAGAAAACUAGUUCACCAGCAGAAGUGCAAAAUGUUUGUAAGCUCCAGGUGGGAAACCUGGGCUGCUGUGAGCUGGCUCUUUGCGUGCUAAAUCCGGUAAUGAGGACAAGAGAAUACCUGCUUCUAGAGGGGGUUGCUGGAUUGAAUGAGAAAUCGCGCGAGCCGCUCAGCUUUUCGCUCGGAGCAGAGGGAGCCAGGCCCUUAGGAUUUCUCCGUGGGGUCUCAGGUCAGGAUCAGCCUGGGGCCACCCAGGGGCGGAGCGCAGCGGGGACCCGGCGGAGGUCUGCCCCGCCCACGCGGGGUCGAAGCCCGUCGAAUGACUCGGUGCAACGUGUUGGUGGCUGCUGCGGCGGCGGCGCGGGUUCUUCCGGGCUCUGCUGCUUCCUGCCGAGCACCGCGCAGCCGCCUCGGCCGCGGGAGCCCCCGGCGCAGGCCUCCGGGGUGCAAGCCUCCGGGGCGCAGACCUCCUGGCUUCAAGUCUCCCGGGCUCAGGCUUCCGGGAGGCAGACCUCCGAUCGUGCGCACAGCUCGCCAUGAGCGCCCUGUCGCCGCCGCCGCCGCCGCUGCUGCUGCUGCUCGCUCUCCUGGCCGCGCCCGCCGUCCUCGCUCGCACAGCCGAGUCCGCCUCGGCCUUACAGCUCGAAGCGGAGCAGCAGCCUCCGCCUAGCCUGGGAAAUGUCACCCGGCUGGGAUCUGGCGUGGCGGGCGGGGGCGGCUCCAACAGCAGCGGCAACGCAGUGGUGACCCGUAUCUCCAGCUUGCUUCGCGACCUGCCCACCCUGAAGGCUGCGGUGAUCGUGGCGUGCGCCUUCAGCGCGCUGCUCAUCGCCUGCCUGCUGCUGCGCGUCUUCAGGCUGGGAAAGAGGCUGAAGAAGACCCGCAAGUAUGACAUCAUCACCACUCCUGCUGAGCGCGUGGAGAUGGCCCCACUGAACGAGGAAGACGACGAGGAUGAGGACGCCACAGUAUUUGACAUCAAGUAUAGGUAAAGCCAUUCGGGAUUGUCAGCAUCCUUCCUGGGGGAAGCUGGUCGACGACAGCCUGGGAUAUAGAGGUCUGGGCACCGUCUCUCACCUGAGGUGUUGAAACCAAAACCAACGUUAUUUAUGAAACUCUGGCUCCCCUCUGUGUGCCAGCAUCUGUUUGGAAUGUCAUCAUCAAACUUGUCCCCAGUCUCCAGAUGCGAGUCACCUCGGCUACUCUUUGAGAUGCCCUCCUUCCUUGAGGGGUUUUCUACCUUCCUAAGAGGCAAAGAUGGGAACACUGAUUUCAAAGCAUCUUUCUAGAACAACUGUAGAAGGAGGAUCAAUAAUUUAAAAAAAAAAACCAGGCUGGGGAGAUAGCUUAGCUCAUAACCUGAUUACCUUGUAAGCAGAGGACAUGGGUUUUGUCCCUAGAGCUCAUAUUUAAACAAAACUAGUGUGAUGGCCCACACCUCUAACCCAGCUCUGGGGAGAGAGGUGCAUCCCUGGGUUUGACUUCUCAGCCAGCCUAGCCCAGUGAGUUCCAGUGAAGACACCUGGUCACAAAACCAGUGGAGGACUCCAGAGGAACAGUGGCCAAAGUUCAUUUCUGGCCCCUAAACACGUUCCACAUUUACCAACACCACACACACACACACACACACACACACACACACACACACACACACACACAGACCCCUCAAAAGCCUGAAGAACCUUCAGAUGUACCUAGCAGAAUCCUGACAUUUUGUUCUUUCAAGUCUUUCUAUCUUUAUCAGGUCUGGCUUUAUCUGGGGAUAACUGUGUGACAUCUCAGAGUGGACAUACAAGUUCCCCGUCCUCCCCCACCCCACCGCACUCCACUCCAAGAGGCUUAGCAUAAACAGGAAUGGCUACUCCACAAACAAAUUUCAACUUUUCAGGGAUCAGAGCACAUGGGUGAGUGUGUGUAUGGUUGUGUACACCUGUUUCUAUUCUCAUGGGAGUGCAAAGUGCCAGGUAGCUUUUGGUGAUGUGUGUGUGUGUGUGUGUGUGUGUGUGUAUGUGUGUGUGCGCGCGCGCGUGCUGUAAAAAGUUUCUCUGUCCCACCCCAGUGCUGUGUUGUCUGUCUUAGGAAUAUAAUGUUAAGAAAUCACUGUGGUAAUUUAAAUGAAUGGUAGUUUGGUUGGCUGAAAAAGAAGGAGACAGGACAGUCAGGGACUCUGUUGGCAGUCAGCCCAGGCUAGGCUGGACUAGACUGGACUGGAAGCCCUCCUGGGCCCCUCACACCUAGCCUGGGAGCUGGGUACCCAGGGAUGCCCAGAGGAAAUAGGCCCUGGACUAACUGCUCAGGUUACUGAAGGCCUCCCACUGGGCCUCCUCACCUAUUGCUGUGGCUGGUGUGCUGUGCAAAUCUAAUCGCAGUGCCUUGGGGACCCAGGGGUGUAGUGUGUCUGGGAAGGUGGCUGCUGAUUUUGCCUUGUUUCCUUCCUUGGGUGUGUGCACAUGUCUGUUCGAUGCCCUUCUCUAUUGCUUUGGAUGAAAACCCCCAUGUUGGCCAGAUCCACCACACCAUCAGGCUCUCCAGUUCCUGACUGGGGUUGUGGUGGCGGCAGGUGGAAAGGGCCACCCUGGCUCCGGAGCCUGGCUGGGCACUGGUGCUUUGCAAGCCUAACUCAUCAUGGGGUGUGCCGUUCUCCUGGGUCCCCUUUAUCUCUGCGCCUGAGCUGACUUCUCUCAACCAUCUGCUCGGUUGGCCAGAGGGGUGGGGCUAGAAGCAGGGCAGAUGGCUGCCUCCCCUCAGCAUGCACUCACAGCACAGUGGUGACUCUAGGAAGCUGGCCACCCCCCCUCUCAGCCUUGGAGCUGUGACUGCCACCUCCCGUUCGGGGGUCCCAGGACUGCAGUUGAACCCUCUAGAAAAGCUGGAUGCUCCUGCCUUAUGCGUGAACACCACGGAUCCGGCUGCCACCCUCUCAUCACUUGACUUUGGCAAGAGCGGCACGACAGUGACCUUCCAAAUCCUGAUGAAACUUCAACACCACAGGCACUUAAAUAAAGAUCCUUAAAACAAACAACAA